UUAUGACCCGCCACAUUUAUUAAAAGGAAUAAGAAAUAAUUUAUACAAUAAAGAUUUGAUUUUUACAAUGGAUGGAACCACCUACACGGCGUCGUGGGAUCAUAUUGUGGCCAUUUAUGAACAUGACAAAAAAAAUGAAGAGUACGGUCUACGGGCUCUUUUUAAAUUGAAUCACAACCACAUUCACAUUGAAAGAAGCAAAAUGAAGGUAUCAAAUGCUGCACAAGUUUUCAGUCAUAAAGUUGCUUCAGUAAUUAAACUCGUUGCUGAUAAUGCUCCCAAAGAAAGCUUGCUGGCAAAUGCUGUAGGAACUGCAAAGUUAUGUUUAUUUAUGGACCAAACAUUUGAUUCUGUCAAUGCAUCUACAAUAAAUGCUGAAUAUGGGAAACCUCUAAGGAGUGCUGUUCGAAAUACAUCCCUUCAUAUGGCACAUUGGAAGUAUGCCAUCAAAGUAUUCGAGUCAAUGAAGUUCAUCACAAAAGAACUGGUUAUACCAAUUUGA